UGUGUGGAUAAAAGGGUGUGUGGUUAAGAGCUUAUAAAUACACCACCAUUUCACAGUGCAAGGCCUCUCAGACUCAACAAGCAAGAGCUUUGAAGUACUCUACUACCUUAGUAAUUUCCUCUAACCCCCCAUAAGGAAAAAGGAAAAGAGGCACCAAUGGCUUCCUCCAUCGUCUCAUCCGCCGCUGUUGCCUCUGUGAACAGGGCCUCCCCUGCUCAAGCAAGCAUGGUAGCCCCCUUCGUUGGCCUCAAAUCCACCGCCGGCUUCCCUGUCACCCGCAAGAACAACGACAUCACCACCCUCGCCAGCAAUGGCUCAAGAGUAAAGUGCAUGAAGGUGUGGCCACCACUUGGAUUGAAGAAGUUCGAGACUCUGUCCUACCUCCCUGAUCUUACCGGUGAACAAUUGUUGAAGGAAAUUGCGUACCUUCUCCGCUCUGGCUGGGUUCCCUGCAUCGAGUUCGAAUUGGAGAAGGGAUUCGUGUACCGUGAGAACCACAGGUCACCAGGAUACUACGAUGGACGCUACUGGACCAUGUGGAAGCUGCCCAUGUUUGGGUGCACAGACCCCGCUCAGGUGGCUGCUGAGAUCGAGGAGGCCAAGAAGGAAUACCCCAACGCAUUCAUCAGGGUCAUUGGCUUCGACAACGUCCGCCAAGUCCAGUGCAUCAGUUUCAUUGUCUACAAGCCUGCAAGCUACUAAGUCCAUCCCCACUCCACGCUUUUGCUUCAGUUGGGUUUCAUCAAAUUUCUUUUUCCUUUUUUUUUUCCUUUUUUUUUUUUUUUUUUUUUUUUUUUUUU